AUUUUUCCAGUUGCCCUAUAUAUAUUUUCUUCUUAGUUCUUUUUUACUUUUUUUUUAUUUUUAUUCUUUCUUUCCAGUGUCAUGCAAGAGCAGCAGCAACAUCAUGAUACCCAAUCACCUUCUCAAACUUUACCUAACACAGUGAAUGAUAGAAACGACGAACGUGAAGAAGAAACAACAGAUGAUACUCGACAAGAAGUAGAAGAACAACUACACGAUUUGCUUCAAGUCUUAUUUGAAUUAAGUGUCAUGGUAUAUGAUUUUCAACCUGAUGGCAAUAAACUUGUUUGGAACAAAAUCAAUUCUGUUCUUGACCAUUACAAAACUAUCGAUCAACUUAAGAAUGGAUUGAACGAAUUUAUACCAGAGGAAGUUAUUAGUUAUGUUGAGAAUGGUAAAAAUCCAGAUCUGUUUACUCAAGCCUUCACAAGUCGAACAGCAAGUGAAAAUCAAUUUACUCAUGGUAAAAUCAAGGCUGUAGAAAAUUUCCGAUCCUUAUUAUCUGAUGAAUUUGCCAAAUCCUUUCCUGACUUGUAUGAAAAUAACAAUGAUUUAAAUGCUCAUGAACAGCAGCAACAACAACAACAACAAGAAGGAGAAGAAGAUCAUCCUCCUUCUGUCAUAGAUUAACAUCAUACACAUUUUAUCAUAACAACUAUAUCUAUCAUCCUAUCCCCUUCCAUUUACUUCUUAUCAUCCAUCCAUACGCUUCUUUUGUUU